AUGGACCUCUCUCAAGCUGUUGCUGGCUACAUUUCGAAAAUAGUUAUGCCCUCAGGAGAUACAUCUUCGUCUAAAAUGAAAAUCCUUCUUCUGGAUAAUGAGACAGUUUCCAUUGUUUCAACGGCCGUUACUCAGUCAUUUCUACUCAAUCAUGAGGUGUAUCUCAUUGAUCGUCUGGAUAACGCGAAUCGUGAGAAGAUGCGACACCUUCGCUGCAUAUGCUUGAUUCGUCCAUCACCUCAAACCAUUCAAUUCUUAAUAGAUGAGCUACGAGAACCGAAAUACGGAGAGUACUAUGUCUACUUUACCAAUGUGACCAAGAAAUCGUCGUUGGAACGACUCGCUGAGGCAGAUGACCACGAAAUCGUGAAGAUGGUCCAGGAACAGUUUGCCGAUUACAUUGUCGUCAACUCCGAUCUCUUUUCUCUGGGUUUCUCACUGCCACAGCAGCGAAUAUGGGGCUCCAGUCCAGAUAGUUGGAACCCAGACUCUCUGCAGCGCUGCGCCGAAGGGUUGCUUGCAGUUAUGUUAUCGUUAAAGAAGAAGCCUCUCAUCAGAUACGAAAAAGGCAGUUUAUUGGCCAAGAAGCUGUCGUCGGAAGUGUUCCAUUUAAUAUCUCGGGAACAACAGCUUUUCGAUUUUCGAAAGGUUGAUACACCCCCCAUCCUGCUCGUUCUCGACAGACGGCAGGAUCCAGUCACGCCUCUACUGACUCAGUGGACCUAUCAAUCCAUGGUUCACCAUCUUCUCGGCAUUCAAAAUGGACGGGUUAACCUGAGUGAUGUACCUGACAUCCGACCAGAACUAAGGGAAAUCGUCUUGUCCCAAGACCAAGACCCUUUCUUCAAGAAAAACAUGUUUCUAAAUUUUGGCGACCUUGGCGGAGCCAUCAAAGAUUACGUUGAGCAGUAUCAGUCGAAGACAAAGAACAACGCCAAUAUAGAAUCCAUCUCCGAUAUGAAGCGAUUUAUAGAGGAGUAUCCAGAAUUUCGCAAAUUAUCGGGCAAUGUCAGCAAGCAUGUGACGUUGGUAUCCGAGUUGAGUCGAAAAGUGGCAGCAGAGAACUUGCUGGAGGUCAGUGAGGUUGAGCAGAGCCUGGCUUGUAAUGACAACCACCAUGCGGACCUGAAGAACAUUCAACGGCUCAUUCAAACACCUAACAUCACAGCUCAUGCCAAGGUCGGCCUGGUAGCACUCUAUGCUUUGCGUUACCACAAACUCUCGGCAAACGCAUCGCCAAUGCUUGCAGAUCUCCUUGUCGCAGCUGGGGGAGUGCCGCCAAACCUGGCGAACCUGGCGAACAAGGUACUCCGCUACCACUUAUCCCUCCAAGCCCCCCCAUCCCAGAGCGGACUUAGCGACAUACUCGACUCAGCUGGCAUCUUUUCAGGGGCCUCGGGCAGAUUCAGAGGCUUGAAAGGCGUUGAGAAUGUAUAUACGCAGCAUACUUCACUCCUUGAAAGCACUCUGCAAAGUCUGAUAAAAGGCCGACUGAGGGAUCAACAAUAUCCUUUCGUUGAGGGUGGAGGCUCAACAAAGGAUAAACCUCAAGAUAUUUUUGUCUUCAUCAUUGGUGGUGCAACGUAUGAAGAAGCUAAGAUGAUAGCUGGCGUUAACGCCACAACACCUGGGGUACGAGUCGUUCUUGGGGGUACAUCGAUCCAUAAUGCGUCCACUUUUUUGGAGGAAGUUGACGAUGCAGUAAGUUAUUGGUCGAGUUGA